AUGCAAAAACUCUCUUUAUCAAAGAACUUACUCGGUCGCUUUCUAAAGCCUUUCAGGCUGAAAAUAUGCCCAAAAGGCGGCGCCCUCGUCUUCGCUAACAUUACUGCUGCUGCUGUUGCUGCUGCUGCUGCUGUCUUUAACUUGGAAAGGAAAAGCCCGACAUUUCUUUCGCUUCGUCUAUUAACGCCAUCUCUACUUUCCUUAUAUUCAUUUGUUCCCCACUUCUUAUGUCUUCCCGCCACUCUUCGUUCUUUUUUUAUUUUCUCAAUGCCUCUGCUUGACCAACUGAGAGUUGCAUUUUUCUGCUUCUGCUUAAAAAAAAAAAUCGCCAUUAUUAGUGGAUUGCCGGAAACUUUCAUCUUUCUUUUUACCUUAUUUACUUUUUUUUCACUGUUUUUUUCCCCAUUUCUCUCCAAUAAACUUUCUUUCUCCAUUGUCUACUUCUUUCAAUCUUUGUUUUUUGUUGUUGUUUUUUUUUUUUUUUUUGGUUUUGUUUUGUUUUUUUCUUGCUUUUUCAUUCCUUUGUCUUUUUUCCGUUUUCGUUCCUUUUUUACCCUUUUUUCAUUUCUUUUACCCUUUUUUCAUUCAUUGUUUUACCCAUGUUUUCAUUCCCUUUGUAUUUUUGCUUUUUUCAUUCCCUUUGUAUUUUUGCAUGUUUCAUUCCUUUUGGCUUUUUGCUUUUUUUUCAUUGCUUUUGGCUUUUGGCUUUUUUUCAUUCCUUUUGGCUUUUUGUUUUUUUUUCAUUCCUUUUGGCUUUUGGCUUUUUUUCAUUCCCUUUGUAUUUUUGCUUUUUUCAUUCCCUUUGUAUUUUUGCUUUUUUUCAUUCCUUUUGGCUUUUUGCUUUUUUUGAUUCCCUUUGGCUUUUUACUUUUUUCAUUCCCUUUGUAUUUUUGCUUUUUUUCAUUCCCUUUGGCUUUUUUCCUUUUUUCAUUCCCUUUGUAUUUUUCCUUUUUUCAUUCCCUUUGUAUUUUUGCUUUUUUCAUUUCCUUUGGCUUUUUGCUUUUUUUUAUUCCUUUUGGCUUUUUGCUUUUCAUCAUUCCCUUUGGCUUUUUCAUUUUCUUUUUUCUCUCCUGGUGUUCCUCUUUUUCCUUUCGUGUUCUCCUUUUUGUUUUUUCCCCUUUUUCUCUCUAA